CGGGUGGAGGCUAAGCGGCCGCUAUGUUAGCGGUGACUACGAGAGAAAAAGAAUGCGAAUGUUAACCUGAGUGCGAGAGUACCUGGACGCCUAACGAUGAUCCGGCUAAAUAUGAUCCAUCUUCGCGAUGACAACAAACAGCGAGUGGCAUCGCGCAAAACCGUUUCAGAGUCUAUUUACUGAUGCAAGAUUGGCGUCGUCCCAAGUACUAUCGAUCCCAGUUAAGGCCGCGACGCAAGGCACAUCAAUUGCUGACGACUUUCGCAAUUCUCCUCCAACAACCACACACACACACAAUUACGCCUUGGAAACCCCAAGCUUCCACACCCGCCAAGAUGAUGCGCAGAAAAACCGCCUACACAAACAUCACGCCUAUCCCGUCCUUCAUCCCGCGCCAACUCGCAAUCGACAUCCUACACAGCCACGGCGAAGUCAUCGAGUUGAAUCCGCUUGUCACCGGCCAUAACGCAAUUAAAGCCCCGCGCGACGCCCCCAGCGAUGAAUUCUACUCGACGUGGUAUGAGAUCUCGCAGCGCAUCCAGUACAUCCCCGGUAUGGGCAAGUAUGGCAGCGGCGCGAUAAAGUUCAAGGGCGUCUUCCACGACAUGCCCUGGGGAUUGCAGACGCAUAUCUAUGCGCCCGCGGGAGUCGACCUGCGCAAUAAAUGGCAGAUAUGCGGCAACCAGCCGGGUGAGCCUCCGCAGACACAUGAGAUGGGAAUUGGCGCGCCGCCAGAGGGCUUGUAUCUACGCGAGGAUAUCGAGAUAAAAUGCAAUAUGACGAUGGUCAGCUUCGUCAAGAAGGAGACCAAAGCCGCGUCCAAGAUCCUCGUCGAGCGUCUGAUCAGGAAGGCCGAGCUGCUUGAUUCGGGCAUCCUGCAUGGCAUGAUGCAGGGCGGGAAGCUCAAGACGGUCAACCCAGCAGACCGCCGCUCGAUGCAGAGCCAGGUCUCCCCGCAGACAUCACCCAGACUCACAUACCACCUCCCCCCGUCGCCAAUGUCGCCCAACCACCCCGGCGCUGCAUUCCCACAACAACCAGGCCAGCACGUCGCGCCCGACCAGCUCCUCGGCCAGAAUAACGUCGUCAUGGAACUACCCGGCGACUUCUACCACCCACAAUCCUCCCCAGGGUUGCUGCACCCCAGCGACCAUCGCCGCUCGACCUCAACCGCCUCGACCUCCGCGCCCUCCCCCCACCUCCCCGACGCGCGCUGGUCGCAGUCCGCCAACGACAACCGCAGCUCGAUAAGCUCGCUCGCCCCCUCCGAAGGCCCGGACCAAAAGGCCUUCACCGCCGAACUACCCACUAUGGAGGAAACGCGCGAGGAGUACGACGACAGGCAGAAACGAGAGAGCGGAGAUAGGCAGAAGAUUCAGAAGUAUGCGUAUAAUCCACAGGACUAUGCGAAGAUGCAGCUUCAGCAGCAGCAGGUCCAUCAGCAGCAGCAGUUUGCGCAGCCGCCGCAGUAUUCGGCGUAUCAUCCGCCCGGGCGGUAGGUUGUUCUUUUGUUUGGGAGUGAAAUGGUUAAUGGUUAAUGAUUUGUGGCUUUGUCUUUGGCUUUGGCCGUUUUUGAUACCCUUGAUUUUUUCGUAGC